AGCUCCUGCGAGAGCGCGCCAGCUGAUGGUGUGUGUGAGAGAAGGAGCUGGAGGUGUCAGAGCGGGUUUGUGACUGCAAACAGAAAGAAACGGUUUAUUCCUGAUAUCCGCGCUCCAGUCCGAUCUGGUGAAAAUGCCCACCACUCGCUCUCAGAGACAGCCAACUCUCCAAUUCCCCAAGCGCAAGUCGUCCAGGAUCUCUUCCCAUUCCCAACCCAAAAGUUCAUCCCAGCCUGACUCGAAGCAUGUUCUGGACACUCGAACCUUCCCGUUGUCUCCCAGAAAGACGAACCUGAGUGUCCGAAGCGUCCCGCUUUCUCCCGCAAAGGCAUCUGUGGACAUCCGAAACAUCCCUCUUUCUCCCAGAAAGACGAAUGUUGCAGACAUCCUGGCCAUUCCUCUGUCCCCCAGACGCCACGUCCUCCAGAGCAUCCCUUCGUCUGGGAGACUCCCUCUGAGCCCCAGGAAGCGCACAGGUGAUGAGAAUGGAUGCAACCUGCCGCCAUCUGUUCAGGGUUCUCCACCCAAACAGAGCCGUCCCUCACUAGGUUCUCCUCACAAGCUGUCCUUUAAUGAGAACACUCCUGUCUUUGCAUCUCCUCCUCAGCCUACUUCAGCAGACUUUAAAUCCCCUGUUUCAUCCUUGACUUGCCCUUCUCCCAAAUGCCUGAAAGAGCCCACCAAAGCUGAGUCCCAUGCCCUGGAGAAGGCGUCCACCCCAGUUACAAAAAAAUCGCAGUACCAGUGUGUGAAACAGACUCUUCACACAGCCGUGCCUGAGCGACUGCUCUCUCGAGAAACCGAGCGAGGCGUUAUCGUCUCCUUCCUGGAGAGACACGUGGUGCCUGGCAAGCCAUCCAGCCUGUACAUCUCUGGAGCUCCCGGAACAGGGAAGACGGCCUGCUUGAACUGUGUGCUUCAAGAACGCAAGGCUUUCCUGAAAGGAGUGCAGACGGUGGUGAUUAACUGCAUGACGUUGCGUAGCUCCCAUUCAGUCUUCCCUCUUCUGGCUGAAAAGCUGGGAGCAUCCAGAGGCCACAGUGAUGGCAAGCUUGAGAAACUGCUGACCAGUUCAGGCCCCACUGUUCUGUUGGUUCUGGAUGAGAUGGAUCAGCUGGACAGCAAGGCCCAAGAUGUUCUCUAUACCAUUUUUGAAUGGCCGUAUCUUCCUAAGUCUCGGCUGUGUCUCAUCGGCAUCGCGAACGCCCUCGACCUGACGGACCGUAUUUUGCCCAGACUGCAGGCUAAGCCUCACUGCAGACCACAGUUGCUUCACUUCCCACCCUACAGUCGCCAGGAGCUGGCAGCUAUCGUCCAGGACCGGCUCAGACAGGUGUCAGGAGAAGGUGUUCUCGAUGCUGCUGCUGUUCAGUUUUGUGCCAGAAAAGUCUCUGCAGUUUCAGGAGAUGCCCGAAAAGCACUAGACAUCUGCAGGAGAGCUGUAGAGAUGGUCGAAUCGAACAACAGAUCCAGAAUGUCUUUGGAAUUGACAAAUAAUUCUACUAAAGUGCAACCUGUAAGUGUUCCUCAAGUGGCGCGGGUGUUGUCGGAGGUGUAUGGAGACCGAAUGGCCUCUAGCGGGAGAGAGGAAGGUGAAAGUUUCCCUCUGCAGCAGAAACUGCUGAUCUGCUGCCUGCUCCUGCUUAUGCGUAAUGGCAAGAGUCGAGAGAUCCAGCUGGGCAAGCUGUGUGAGACCUACAGUAAACUGUGCCAGCGGAGGCAGGUCAGUGGAGUGGGCCAAAGCGAGUGUCUGUCAUUGUGCGGUUUGCUAGAAAGCAGAGGUAUCUUCUCUCUCAGGAAGGCCAAAGAAGCACGACUCACCAAGAUCUCAUUGAAGAUUGAGGAGAAGGAUGUGGAGAAUGCGCUGAAGGAUCGUACGUUACUGGGCAGCAUCUUGGCUGCAGGCCUGCCCUGAUCAAUACGACUCCAGUCCUCGUGCAUCCACCCCCAUGUAUUGCCUCAAGACCUUCUCUUUCCACAAGGAUGGUUUUGUUUUGCAAAUUUUUCCCCCCUCUGCAAUUGGUGAAUAUCUCUGAUUUAAGGCAGUUUCAUGAAGUUGUAGUUUUUUUUGGUGUACAUCUUACUUUUAACGUGAAUAAAUGUACAGGGUUUUUAAAGUUUUUUUUUUUUUUUUUUAAAUAGGAGUGAUUGUCUUCAAUAAACCACUAAAUAAAGAAAUA